UUUGUUUUGGAACACAUGCGAGUUCAGCGCAAAACACGAAAAGAACGCUUUAUUUUACUUUUCCACUUCUUCAAAAGGAUCUGUAGUCCUGUUAGUAUUGUGAAAAUGUCCGAACCAAGCUCAAAGGAUACGGUCCUUAAGACGCCAAUGAUAUACGUGUGUGGAGAAUGCCACCAUGAAAAUGAAAUGCGCCCUAAAGAUGCGAUACGUUGCCGCGAGUGCGGAUACCGUAUUAUGUACAAGAAGCGAACCAAGCGACUGAUCGUGUUUGACGCCAGAUAGACGGACGAUUCCGCAGCUCACGAUCGGCAAUGCUCGGCGUUACAUCUUAAGAAAUUACAAUCGAUAAGGAAUGUAAAAAAACAAAAGAAAUAUACAUUGCAUCUAAUUAGUUCUAUUUAGUAUGUUUACACUCGUAACCUACAACAAAGA